AUGUUCCUGGUGGGACUCUUGGGUGGGAUUAUUGCAUCGGGGAAGAGCAUGGUGGUGGCCGUGCUGCGGGAGCUGGGCUGUCGUGCCGUGAUCGACGCCGACCUUAUUGCCAGGGAGGUGGUGCAGCCCCACUCCAAGGCCCACCAGCCGAUCCUGCGGUACUUUGGCACUGAGAUCCUCCUGGAGAAUGGCGAGAUAAACUGCGAGGCUCUUGGGAACAUGAUCUUCUCCCAGCCGGAGAAAGGGCAGCUGCUGAACUCCAUCACCCACCCCGAGAUCCUGAAGGAGAUGCUGAAGCAGAUCCUGAAGUAUUUUGUGCUCGGAUACCGCUACAUGAUCCUGGACAUCCCUCUGCUCUUCGAGACCCACGGGUUGACCAAGUUUAUGAGAUACACGGUCUUGGUUUAUUGUGACCCCCUGGCACAGCGCGCGUGGCUGAUGAGGCAGAACGAGCUGGACGUGGCUGCAGCUGAUGCCCGGAUCAGCUCCCAGAUCCCACUGGAGGAGAAGCUCCAGUGGGCAACUCACAUCAUCGACAACUCGGGGGACAGGGAGAGCACCCACUGGCAGGUGCUGCGGCUCCACACCUGCCUCGAGGAUUCCCUGGAUUUCCUCUGGGCCUGGUUGGCAGUGGGCGUGGCCGUCGCCGGGCUCGGGGGGCUGGUAUUCCUCCUCCUGCGGCAUCUCAUCUCCUAA